UCAUUUUGUUUAAUUUUAUAAAUAUUCAAAUCACAAGUAACAUAUUGCAAGCCAGGAUUUAAUAAUUCAAUAGCUUAAAGUGCAAUGCUAUUAACUCCCAAGUUACCCAAAAACCGGAGAAUUCCGAUCAAAUUGCUUGACUGGGGGCUUCAGGGUCCUAUUCAGUCAAGUACAACAAUCGAUUGGAGACUAGUCCUCGUCCUCCCUUUUCCUUUCCAUUUUUUUGCCUUUCUCGCACAAAUAUUCCAUGCACAUAUUGCAAUAUUGAAUGCUCUGCCUGCGGCGCUACAAGGAGCAGGGACAUGACGCGGAAUGAGCAGAGGGAUACGCCCCCUUUGAGCCUAGGAUAUAUAUGAUGAUGAUGAUGAUGAUGGUGGUGCAGAUAUAGCACUCGCACAUUCCCACAUAAAAAGCGAGCUCAACUAUAUAUAGGGGAAAUAGAAUGAAACUCACAAUGGCAAGCAAAGGAUUUCAAUCGCUAUGCGGUUCGAGUAGCGCGGCUGCACUCACAUAUAUAUAUAUAUGUAUAUAUCUUUACAUCCAUGUGCAUUAUGCUUCAUUAUGACGGGGCAAGGCCAGCGGAAUAGUGGACAGGCAUUGCGCAUACGCCGCGUUGUAUGAGUGCUCAUCGAUGCGGAAUCAGAGCAGUAGUGAAAAAUCGCAGCCGUAAAUCGAAUAAAACUGCAGCCAGGACCCAUUAAUUCUUUUUUCCAAACUGCACUUAAUUGAGGCGGCAAAUUAAAUUUGUGCCCAACUGGGUCAUGAGAUUAAAGAAGCAUAUGUCGAGCCGCAGCGAGCAUACGCCAUGUUGGCCAGCCCAAUUAGGAAGCCAACUCGAUGGGCAUAUCGCCAAAGUUAUACCGCUUCGGUAUAUGGAACGACAAUGACUAUCGCUAUGGAGCUUAUCAUUAGCAGUGGGCCAGACUUCCAGUGAAGCACUCCUUCCUCGCUUUUUCUCUACUUUCUCCCAGGGCUUUCCUUUUCUGAUUUAUGUCCUCAUCAUUGGGUAAAAGGAUGCUGAGGGGUUGAGAGGCGAGGGGCGAGGGGCUGGCAUCUACGCAGUUUUGCUAACCUGACAGCGGCGGCAACAGUUUCCGGUCUUAUUUAUGGCUCCAAGGAUUCCCAGUUGGACAUUGCAUAACUCAGCACGAGCAAACCGAUAAGUGGUCGGACAUUCACUUGAGAGAUGGUUUCUUAAAGUAGUCCACGGACAUUUCCGGCGGAAUUACUUUACUCUGUGAAACCUUGCCAAGUGCGAAUCAUAAAUUUCCAUCUACUUUAAUUAUGUAUGUGAUUUUUCCCGUGAAAAGUUUUAAUUAUAAAAGUUCGGGCCAACACUGCGGCAAACACAUAGAACAAGAAAUACGACAUGCCGCAAUGCCAGAAAUCAGUGGAAACAAAGGAGUGAAGUGAAUUUUCUAUAGCCCAGGCUGACCUCAAUUCUUCAGACAUCUUCAUCAUAAAUCCGGAGGGUAAACAAGGCCAGCAAAAACUAAUUAAUUGGCUUUUCAGGCGCCGUCAAUCGAUUUUUGUAAUCGACUCUGUAAUUUGUCAAAGGAGUGCAUAUGAAAUUUCCUAAGCUCUUAAUUGAAAUUAAAUUUUAUUCAUAGCUAUUUUUAACUUUGCAGACAA